CAUUCUGAAAUUAGACCGAAACACAACUUGCACAGUAAAUAAGAGUUAAGAGUAACGAGUCCCCAGUGCAGUAUCCUAUGCUGUUUCAAACCUCCUGUUCACAUAAAAAAUUACUCUGACAAGCAUUUUUCAACAGUCCUGAACUGAUAAAGAAAUCUCAAGAGCCUUUCUCGUGUUCCACCUGACAGCUGCAGCAGCCCAUAUAAAUUACUUGCUGUUCUGGGCUUUGUAAUUUAUUGUAGAAUCAACAGAAGCGCAUUUUACUUAUUUAUUUAUCUAGCCUGGUGCUUGGUCAUUUCAACAGGAAACGUUUCAGAUAGGAGGAAGAGAGCGACUCUGAUCAAAUGAAGUUCAGCGCUGAAUAAAUUAUUACGUAUAUACGUAGUUGCCAGACUCUCGUCAUGCAGUAGGGCUCCACAGUUCAGAACUGAUAUUUAAAACGGCAGCGGAUCAGUUAAGCAACUCAGUAACACAACUCCUUGUAUUUUUUUUUAAAUUUAUUGUUCCUUAAUGAUGACGACUUUUGAUUUCUCCGAUGUGGAGGCUUUUUUGGAUUGUCACCCGGACCUUUUCGAAGAAUACCUUAUUCGCAAAGGAAAAUACGAUACUGUCAGCAGGUGGUUGAAGGAGCACCAGCCGCCCAAGGUGCCGCUGGUGGAGGAUAAGCGCAGCGCCGCUAGAGAUCCCUUCUGGCCCACAAAUCCUGACGGGCUCCAGCGGCGUUCCUCACAUAUGGAACUCAGACGGAACUUCGCCCGUUCCAAAGCAAUGACAGCGCACCGAACCUACGAUGAACACGUAAGCCUCAGCGCUCACGAGUCCCAGUCCAGCAUGCGCCGCCGCGCGCUUCUACGGAAAGCCAGCUCCUUACCCCCGACUACCGCGCACAUUCUGAGCGCCUUGCUUGAAUCCAGAGUGAAUGUGCCACAGUACGCAUCCAGCGCUAUAGAUUACAAAUACAGACUUAAGGAGUCUAAUGAACGGGAAUUCUUCCUAGAGUUGGUGAAAGAUAUCUCCAACGAACUGGACAUGACUAACCUCAGUUAUAAGAUCCUGAUAAACGUAUGUAUCAUGCUGGACGCUGACAGGUGCUCACUUUUUCUUGUCGAGGGACCCUCUCAUAAGAGAACGCUGGUGUCCAAGUUUUUUGAUGUGCACUCGGGAACAACGGUGCGGCCCUCCUCCAGCACCCUGAACUCUAACGAAGUGCAGGUACCUUGGGGGAAAGGUAUAAUCGGAUAUGUGGCCGAACAUGGUGAGACUGUCAACGUCCCUAACGCAUACGAGGAUCAUCGCUUCAGUGAUGAGAUCGACAAGCUGACCGGGUAUAAGACCCAGUCCAUUCUGUGCAUGACCAUCUGCAACAGCGAUGGUGAUGUUAUUGGAGUGGUGCAGGCCAUCAACAAAAACCCCAGCGGGGCGCCUUUCACCGAGGACGAUGAGAAGGUACUGCAGAUGUAUUUGCCAUUCUGCGGAAUAUCGAUCUCCAAUGCCAAGCUGUUCUCCGAGUCCCGCAAGGAGUAUGAGAGGAGCCGGGCUCUGCUGGAAGUGGUGAACGACCUGUUCGAGGAGCAGACUGACCUGGAGAAGAUCGUGCGGAAGAUCAUGCAGCGCGCGCUGACCUUGCUGCAGUGCGAGCGCUGCUCUGUGCUGCUGCUGGAGGACAUACACUCACCUGUGGUGAAGUUCUCCAAGACUUUUGAGCUGAUGUCUCCUCUGUGCAGUGCUGACCAUGACAUCAGCAUGGAGAAGCUAUCCUGUUCUGAUUGGCUGAUCAAUAACAGCAUUGCAGAGCUAGUUGCAUCCACGGGUCUGCCUGUUAACAUCAGUGAUGUGUGUCAGGACCCACGAUUUGAUGCUGAGGCAGAUCAGGCUUCCGGGUUUCAUAUCCGGUCAGUUUUGUGCGUGCCCAUUUGGAACCGAACCCAUCAAAUCAUUGGGGUGGCCCAGAUCCUGAAUCGGCUUGACAGGAAGACAUUUAAUGAUGCAGAUCAGAGGUUGUUUGAGGCUUUUGUGAUUUUCUGUGGGCUGGGAAUAAACAACACAAUGAUGUACAACCAGGUGAAGAAGACCUGGGCAAAGCAGUCUGUGGCUCUGGAUAUGCUGUCCUAUCACGCCACAUGUUCCAAGGUGGAGGUGGACCGACUGAAGGCUGCCAAGAUCCCUCUGAGCAGCGAGCUGGGUAUAGACGAGUUUCACUUCAACGACUUCUCCCUUGACAAUGACGCCAUGAUCACCGCCUCCCUGCGGAUGUUCUUGGACCUGGGAGUGGUCCAGAAGUUUAAAAUCGACUAUGAGGUUCUAUGUCGCUGGCUCUUGACCGUCAGAAAGAAUUACCGCACUGUUGCCUACCACAACUGGCGGCACGCCUUCAAUGUGUCCCAGUGCAUGUUUGCCAUGAUCAAGACUGCUGAGUUCCAGGAUGUCCUAUCAGACUCAGAGACUUUGGCACUGAUGGUGGGGUGUCUUUGCCAUGACCUGGAUCAUCGUGGCACUAACAACGCCUUCCAGGCUAAGUCUGGGUCAGCCCUGGCACAACUGUAUGGGACCUCUGCCACCCUGGAGCACCACCACUUUAAUCAUGCGGUCAUGAUACUGCAGAGUGAGGGUCAUAACAUUUUCGCCAACCUCUGCUCAAAGGAGUACAGCAACAUGAUGCAGCUCCUGAAGCAGGCCAUUCUGUCCACUGAUCUCACCCUGUAUUUUCAGAGAAGAACCAAGUUCUUUGAGUGUGUGCUCUCUGGAGAGUUUAGCUGGAAGGACGAGGAGCACAGGGAGGUACUCAGGUCCAUGCUCAUGACAUCUUGCGACUUGGGAGCAGUGACACGACCCUGGGAAAUCUCCAAACAGGUGGCAGAGUUGGUGACCAGUGAAUUUUUCGAGCAGGGUGACAGGGAGAGAUCCGAGCUGAAGCUGACCCCAGCAGCCAUCUUUGACCGGAACCGAAAGGAUGAGUUACCUGCCUUACAGCUGGAGUGGAUUGAUGGGAUCUGUAAACCUCUUUACCAGGCACUUGUGAAGUUGAACAGGAAACUGCAGCCCAUGUUGGAUGGAAUAAAUGCAAAUCGAAUGAAAUGGGAGGAGCUUUCAUCAUCCAAUCAGCAGACACAGAAAAUCCCAGACCACAAUCAACUGGCUGGAGAAUAAGAGUACAGAAGGGAUGGACUAAUUGCAGUCACGGAGUGACCCAGACUCAGAUUAUGUUCAUUCUGCCACAGCCCUUAAUUGUUUAAUUUAACUAAUUAUUCUGACAGUUAACUCUAAUGGAAAGAUAACUGUAGAACCAAUAAUGCUGUGAACUGCUUUUUCCUUCUCUGAAACUGACACAGAGUUGAUCAGGGUAGCCAUGGAGUAGAUACUAAUGAGUGAGUAUGCACAAAAUUCUCUCAAGCUGUAGAGGUUGGUGAGAUGAAAAUUGCCGAGGUGGAAAACUUUGAUUAUUGGUCUCCACCUGUAUUCAGCCAUUUUCCUUGAUUUUCAAUACAGCGAUUCAUUUUAAAAAAGUAAUAUCAGAUAUAGUUAGAAAAUAUAAUUUUCUAUCCAACCAAUUUUCAGCUCUCCAACCACCACUGCUCUCAAGAUAGAUAAAUACAAAAAAAAUGUACAGAAAUGUAUGUGAUAUCUGUACUGGGUACAAAUCAAUGCAGGAUAAUGACAUGAAACUGAAUUCCAAAUUUAAACAGAUUUGUUCUGCAUGCUUGCAUACUUUCAGUUGAUUAAAAUGCAGUAUCACUGUGAUUGAUGUCAGUUAUAUAUUGUCUUCGGAAUGUAAACUGGCACAAAAUAUUGUUACUAAAUUAUGAUUAUGAUUCAUUAAAUUGUUUAUUGAUAUGCUCCAA